CGCUUCUGUGCGAAUGUGUUUGUGCAAUGUGUAGAGUUUAUGCGAUGUUUGUAUUUUUAAGAAUAAGUAAAUUUAAUAAAAGAUACUUCCAAUUCGGUUCGUGCCGAAUAUUGUAGUACCCGCCAUUUAAUUGAUAUUUCGGUUAUUACGGUAAAUCUUUUCGAUUAUAAAACAUUGCACUCCGUUUUUUACGAAAAGUACAUGCAUGUAUAUAGGGGUUUAAAGCUAAUUCCGUUUCCCUUGAGAAGCUGUUAGUGAAUUAAAUAUGCAAUUGUUUGCUUUUCAAAAAGCAGUUAAUUUCUGUCCAAACAAUAAACAUUUCUUUAGUUGUAAAGUAUUUUUAAUACUUUUUAUAUAAAAUGCACUUAACCCAAAACGGGUUUCCUUUGUAAAGGAGUUACGGAUUUGAAGGUUUUUUGCAUCACUACAAAAAGCGUUUAUGGCCAUUUCACGUUCGCUUCCAAAAAGGAGGACAAGGAAUAGGGCAGUAUCUCAGAAUGAUAACAGUAAGCAGAAGCAAGUAAAAAAUUAAUCGUCGUAGUUCAGGAGUGAAGGGAGAAAGAAAAGAGUCAUCAUUUAUAUAUCAAAUUGUAAAACUAUUUUAACAACAAGUCAUAAAGUUGUGGUUGAGUGUUUGAAUAAAAUUCAGACAAACAGCCCAACAAACCCAUCAUUAGUGAAAGGAGAGCAUACAUAGAACCUGUAUAAAAGAGUUCAUUCGCAGUGUGAACAUAUCACAGGCUUAAUAAUGAAAGAGUUAACUUGGAGCGCAGCUGUUGGUGAUUUCCGGACAAAAGGGAAAUGUUUUGCUUUGCACGGAAGUUUUUUCAUAGUACUGUUAUUGUCUAUCGGCCAUGGUUCCUGUCGACCCGAACAGAGUGACGAUGAUUUCAAACUCAGAAUGAUAAGGGAAAAUACAACAACAACAACAGCAGCAACGAAAAUAAAGUUAAACACAAUUGCUAAUGGCGGUGAACACGACAACGCCGAUAAAGAUAAAAUGUUUAUAUUGAAUCAUCCAGAAAUAACGUAUAAGGAGGAUUAUGUAAAUGAAGAUUACAAAGAUCCAGUGAAACACUCUGUCAAAUCUGACAUUCCCAUUACCGCUGAAAGCUAUAAACGCUUGAAACCGGAGAAAAUGUACUUCGAUGUGUUGCCGAAAAAACCUGUUAUUGUGAUUGAGAAUUUGCCGAAGAAAAGCAAAGCUUCGCGUCUUAAAGUUAAUCCUCUUUCGGAAGAUGUAACUGAUAAACAGUCCAACAAAUUGUCGCACAACGAAAGCGAUGAAAUUGUCCACCUUCGUAAAAAGCGUAGCACGCAAACCAUUAUGGAUAAUCAACAAAACGUUCUUCAAGCAUUAAAUCCAUACUUUCGGAAUGUCUUAGUCCCGUGUAGCAAUUGUGGUGGAGCAAACGGUAUACGCGCUCAAUACAUUCUUGUUAACCGACCUGUACCAGGCAAAAAGCAUAAUGCUUUGGAUAUACCAGUAAGGCCACCACCACCACCUACCGAUAUGCCUAUAGGUUUUGAUAGUCGCAUUGCCGCGGACGAAAAUGAUAGAGUUAUCUUCUCGGGUGGAUCAAGAACAACGCAACGUCCAGUUGCUACUCGAAGACCACCGGAAUCCAUUUUCCGUGAUCCAAAUCCUGGAAACUUUGAUUUCAGUUUUAUGAAUCCUGGAAAUCAAAAUUCGCAAUCAAUGCGUCCUAUGGGUCCGGCAGGGAACGCGCCAAGAACAACGACCAUGCGACCUCCGGCUCUACCAUCAGUAGCACCUCCUCCAGCUCAGGGCAAUAGAGGCAUCUCGCAAUGCGUCUGGGCUAUUGUCAAUUGCUGUUCCACGGGCGAUAGCGAAAUACGUUACAGUUGUUUUGAACAAAACGGCUGCUACGGAGCUUUCUGGGAUUUGAAUCCUUGCGCUGAAAGUGUUCGUGACAAUAUCAUCACUUAUGUCGCCGAUUAUUAUGAUUAAGUUUUUCAUAUCCUACCCAAAAAGAGUAUUUUGAAUGAAACAUUCACUGGGAUAUAUUCGAUUUAUAUAUGAUACAAAUAUAUACAUACGCGUUGUGUAUAACACAUGUGUGAGCCGUUCGUUGCUUUUUGUGCACCAAACUUCAAUGCAGUCAUUUUAGAUUUUAGUUUUUUGUGCUCUUUCUUUUUUUUUCUAUAUUUCGCUUAUAUUUAUUUUAAUGACGAGAUAGAUAUCUUUGCUAAGCUUUAUUUUUCGUU